AUGAGCGUCCUUCUCGAGACCUCGCUGGGCGACAUCGUCAUCGACCUGCACACCGAACUGGCACCACGCUCUUGCACCAACUUCCUAAAGCUUUGUUCCAAACACUACUACAAGCUCAACGCCUUCUUCACUGUCGAGAAGGACUUUCUCGCUCAGACAGGCAAUCCUACAAACACAGGCAAAGGAGGCGCGAGCAUUUGGUCUCAGCUUCCAUCCUCAUCCAAGGACAAACUCGAUGAUCCGCUUUUCCGUCCCGAGACGUCGGGUGAUCAGCUGAAGCACACCAAGAAGGGUACCGUAUCAUUUACUUGUUCCCGCAAACGCACCAAGCAUUUUGACGACGAUGGAGAAGAGAGCGAAGAGACCGAGCUAGUUGCUGGAUCGCAGUUCUUCAUCACACUCAAGGACGAAAUCGACUAUCUCGACGGCCGCCAUGCGCCAUUCGCUAUUGUCGUCGAGGGCCAAGAACCAGGUGGAACACUAGACAAGAUCAAUGAAGCCUUCACGGAUGAACAAAAGCGACCGCUCAAAGACAUCCGUAUUCGCCACGUUGUCGUCCUCGAAGAUCCUUUCCCGGACCCUGACGGCUUCCUUCCACCGUCAAGAUCUCCUUCCCCCACUCCCUCCCAAAUCCGCGCCCUUCGCUUGGCCGACGAUGAAGAUCUCUCCACCGACCCCGACGCGAACUCAACCGAAGAAUCCCGUCGAAAGGCAGACACAAACGCCGCAGCCCUCACCCUCGAAAUGGUUGGUGAUCUUCCCUUCGCCGAAAUCCGCCCUCCAGAAAACAUCCUCUUCGUCUGCAAACUAAACCCAGUCACCCGCAGCGACGAUCUGGAACUCAUCUUUUCCCGCUUUGGCAAGAUUCUAUCGUGCGAAGUGAUCAAAGAUAAGAAAACGGGCGAUUCGCUGCAGUAUGCGUUCAUAGAGUUUGACAAGAAGGAUGACGCAGAAAGGGCGUAUUUCAAGAUGCAGAAUGUGCUGGUGGAUGAUAGGAGGAUCUGGGUGGAUUUCUCGCAAAGUGUAAGUCGGUUGCAUGGAGAUUGGGUGAGGAAGAGGAAUGGUGGGAGGGAGGCUCCUAAGGGGCAUUAUAAGUGGGGUGGCGAGGGGAGGAGGGAUGAUGGGCAAUCGAAUAGUGGUGCUGAUUCAUAUAGGCCGAGGGCUGGUGGAUAUCAGAAUGGGGAAAGGUGGAGGGAUGGAGAGAGGUAUGGUGAACGUUCCUCACGACGUGAUGAGGGUGAUAGACGGCAUCGCAACGGAGAAGACCAAGAUCGAGAUCGUGCCUACAAGAGGUCAAGAAGGCACGAUGAAGGCACGGAAAGUCGUCGAGAUGGCCGAACUUCAGCCAUAUCUCAGCGUCACAGCGAUGAUCGAUCAGGGAAACAUUCUAUUCGAGACGAUCGAGAACGGACACACAUAGACCCACACAAACGGCGAUCCAAUGGCCGAGACCGUGGAGAUGAUGAUCGAAGCAGAAGAGGGCACGAUGAUGACAGAGGCAGCCAUAAGAGACACGACCAAGAUGAUAGAAGGCAUCGAGAUUCAGGGUCACGCCGGCAUGAGACGGGUCGCUCAGAUCGAUCAGGGUAUGGAGACAGGCGUGAGCGUGAGCGUGAGCGCGACAGUCGCAGGAAGGAGGAUAGACAUCGACACCGUGAUGAAGCACGUCGAUAG